AACAAGAAUUGUAAGAAAUUAAGAAUCAGACAAGAAGAGAAAAUCAGUAAUAUACAUUGUAAAGAUAGAAGCAGAAGACAUUAUUACAUGUAAACCUUAUAAAUCAACUUUAAUAUAUAUACACGCAACAUUUAGUAAUGCCGGGCAAUGGAGAAAAUGUAAACAAACAGACGACACGAUUUUUUCGAUAAAUACUGCUAAUAUUGCAAAUAAAGAAAUUCAGACCACAGAAAAAUAAUGAACUGACACUGAAACAGUAGAAAUUACUGAUGCAUACUAUGUUUAACUCUAAUUAUGUCAUGAAAUAUCAUAAACGUACUUUGUCUUCAAUACAAUGUAAAUGCCGUCACCACGAAAAACAAACCUGAACAUAUGCGUGGUUUGUAAAAUACAAAAAGAGAAAAAAAUUGAAUGGAGAUUGAUAGACUCAAGUCAUGGACAAAAGAAAAGAAUUGCUCAACUUUUAUUAAAAUAUGGAGAAAUUGAUGUGGUUGACGGUGCCAUAUGCAGACCAUGUGAGCGAAAGUUGUCAAGUCUUGACAAUAGUGUCAGAGAAUUCAAAUUUAAAUGUAAUCAAAAUUUUCAUUUGAUAUCACCCAAACGUUGUUUUACAGAUGAAAAUACAAACCCUGCCAAAAAACUUAGUAACAAUGGAGAAAAUGUUGAAAAUCCUACACCUUCAUCACCCAAAUCAACACACAUGUCAACUUCCAGUAAUAUUUCAACACCACAAAAUUUUAACACUGUGAGAAAACAGCUCGGGGACAUAUCAAAUAUUACAUGCACGCCAAUCAGACCUAAGCAUCAUGAUACACUUAACGAUUCUGGGAUAUCACUGUCUACACCUGAAAUUGAAAUUGAAACAAAUAGUCUUGCUCUUAAUAGGAAAAACAAAUCAAAUAGUACAGUUACAUGUAGUAAAGAAUUAUUUAAGGAUACACCUAUAAAUGUUGAAUGUCAUGAUCACAUCUAUAGUGCUGUUAGUACACCCAGGAAGAGAUCAAAAAUUAAGACUACAAAAGAAACUUUACCCAAAGAAGAAGAGACAUUAGCAGUGAAAAGUUUGAAAAAAAUAAUAGUCAAACAACAACAAUAUGAUAAUUUAUCACCAGUAGAAUUAGCUGAAAUCGUGUCAGUUCUGCCGCUGGGAUCCAGAUCUGCACUUAUUCAAACUCUUUUAAAGUAUGAUUCCUUCAAACAUCUUAUAACUGAUGAACUGAUGAAAAUAUUAUCCAAUCAGCAUGAUAUUUUAAAAAACAGAAAAAGAGGCAAGCUUAGUGUAUUGAAUGGGAAAUCAUUUGAGGAUAUGAUAAAUUUUAAUUGGAGUCCAAUUGUAGAAGAACUAUGUGAUGAAUUCCCAGUUUUAUGUCGCACAAUAUUGAGUUUUAUGCUACCAGAUAACUUGACAGAAAAAACAAAGUCUGAUCGCAUUACAUCAAUGGUCCCGAGGAUAGGGUUUAUUUAUUCUUUGCUAGCACAGAGUCGCAACCAAGAAUUGAGCAAGGUUCAGCACAUGAUCAAUACAAUUUUGUUUGACAACUUGUGUGAUCAAAAGGUAUUUGAUCGUCUACAUUCAAUUGGGGCAUGCAUGAGUUAUGGACAUAGUCUUACCAUAUUAGACAAGUAUGGAGGUCACUUUAAUUCUGCAGUAAUAGAUGCCUUAAAAUCAGGAAAAAGAAUUAGACUUGUAGGGGAUAAUAUUAACUGGAUGACAAAUGUGCACGAUGAAAGAAAAGACAACCAUGCACAUAUGCAUCAUGCAUUUGGAUCUGCAUGCAUCAUUCAGAACACAUCAUUUGAUUUGCUUUCCAGCAUUAAGCCUCAGUUGGACUACAGAUAUGCAUCAGUGGAAACUUUCUUACCUUCCAGAAAUGAUUGGCAUCUUCUAAGAGAAGACUAUAGUGUCCACAUUUUAAAAGUGGCUUCUAAACACAUACCAUUCUUCAAGGAAUUUUGUAAGCCAUUUGAAAACUUUUUUCACGGAACCUUGACUGAGGAAUUGAAAACAAAAAACAAGGUGAUUCCAUUACCUGUUCUUCACUAUAAUGAACAAAAAUAUGAUGAGGUUGUAAAAAUUUUAGAUUUCUAUGAGUCAUUUUUAAGAGAGAGCUUUGGUAAAGCUAACAUAGACUAUAAUGACACAGUUAAAGUUUUGAUAGGAGGUGACCAGUUAACAAGAGAAAGAUUUUCUGGGAGCAAGUGCUUAAGAGCUGGUGGCAUAACAGCAGAUGAACGUUUUGAUCACUUGUCUCCAAUUACCUUUGAACUAUUUCAUCUCUGCAUGAACUAUGUCAAGUUGAUAAUGAAACAACUUUUCAAAGAUCAAAGUGUAAAUGAAAUGGGCACUAUGAAAUGUGAGGCAAAUCGUCUAUUAAGAACCACUGUAAAUGUCAAUGUAAAUGAACACUAUGAUGCCGACAAAGACUUCAUAAUAUCCUUCACAGAUGCAUACAUAACAGAAGCUGUUAUGACUUUUUUUGAAAUGGAAAACCCUACUUCUGCCCCAACAAUAAAUAGACAUGAACCACCUAGUCAGUUUACAAAUGAUAGUGAGAAGAAGGAAUGGAUAUUAUCAAUAUUUGGUGAUCUAGUUGACAAAAUGGUAUGGUGCAAUGAAGGUGAUACUUCCAGGUCUAACUCUGAGGAAGAAGUUCAUGAAGAUGGAGAAGUUUUACGUCUGAAAUUGGCCAAUGGUAACUUCAAAUCCUUUGUUAUAAAGAAGAAGAAAACACCACCAAAGGAGGACAAAGUCCAAUCCUAUGGACAUCUAGUUCUUGAACUAGGAGUUCAUUUUAAAGCGCUGUUAAGCCUUUGUAAAACACCAGACAGAGAACGUGGUUUGCGUCUAUUAAAAGUGACCAUGCUGCAUUUUAAAGCCAACAAUUGGAUGUCAAAAUAUGCAUAUGAAAUAAUGAGGUUGCUCGUACACCAGUAUUGUAUUUUGUCAGAACAAGAAGCAUCAGAGGAAUUUUAUGCACUCUUUGUAAAUACAAAAGGGAAAACAGACAGUCACAUACCUUGUGACCUUCAAAUGGAAUAUAUUGUCAAAUGUGUAAAAAAACAUUUAAAACACAUGUUUUCCAACAAAACAGAUGAUUUCAUAUCCAAAAGGACAAGUGCAAUUUCAGCAAUAUCUGAUAUUUCCGAACAGUUUGAUAGGGUUUCCAAUGUUGUUAUCAGGAGUAAAAGGCAUUCUGACUUGAGCUCAAUUCAUGAUGAAUUAGACAUGAUCAGCGAUCUUCGACAGUUACGACCUUUUGAAACUGACCCAGGACGCCAACAUGACACUUUCCCAGGUAUUUCAAGAAAAAUGGAAAAUCAGCUUGACAUGAACCUAUUUAGAAACUGGAUCUUGCAGCAGAAAAUAAAGUUUGCUACUGAACUUGGAAAAUAAGUAAACUUUAUUUUAUCACUAUAAUUUCUGUCUUAAAGAUAGAAUACAUGUUCAAUUCCUGUGGUUUUGACUUUCAUAAGACUACAUGUAUAUUGUAAUAUGUUAUUGCUUAAGGUUAAGUAGUUGCCCUCGACAUGAUAAUUUAUACCAUUAAAACACAAAUUCAUCAAGUAACAAGAAUGUGAUGAUAGUACACAGGUGCAAACCAUGGUCCACUUUGACAGUCUUUAUUUUUUAAGAAGCUAUGGUUUUGUCCAUACAGGGUUAAACUUGAAAGCACUGUUCAAGCAGGGUGCAAUAACAGCAUACACAGUGUCUAAAAAUGCCUUUUAGUAGUUGCGACCCAGUAUAUUUAGUUUUGGGGAUUUCUGAUUAAA